CUGUGCCAAGGUGGCAUUGCUCAAUCCCUUCCUCUUUCUUCAUGGUAACUUUGGACCUGGGCCACGUUCUGUUGCCGGCUACGAUCCAACAUGUGCCCCGUAUUGGUGCCGCUAACUGUUUCGCUCGGAUCCGUGCCAUUCACUGCCAGCUAAUACUGCCGCCUUGGAUCAGAGACUGGAAGACCCCUCUGUUCUCCACCUGGACAUUACAGCUUACUUCGCUCCAGGAUGGAAGCAAAGGGCAUAUUCUGGUGCCUGCCUCACCUUGGCAUGAGGUUUUGGUGCAGAAAUGAGAGUUGAGAUUGAGACUUUGGAACGCCACCCAAGCAGGACUUGGCAUUCCAACCCAAGGGAAUACACAUAAGGAGAUACUUAAUGGAGCUGGAGAGACAUUCCAAGUCUAUAGGAGACCCCCAAAGACCACCAGAAACCUUGGAACCCCUCAAUUCACAAGAGCCUCCAAGCCAUGUGGGACAACCCAUCAAGCUGGAGCUGGGGGGUGAGGGAGGGGGUGUCCAAACAUUGCCUCCUAAACUCUCUCGCCCGCCAUUGCCUUCUCCUGGUAGCGCCCUCCUUCAGGGAUUGAAUGGGCUGCCAGGAGCAGGGAGGCGGGCACUUGUUCCUGGAGGGACAGGAGGCACAGAACAAGGGGAACCCUCUCGAUUGGGGCGCUACUUGCUGAUUGACAGCCAGGGGCUGCCAUACACAGUGCUGGUGGAAGAGGGGGUGGGAGCGGCAGGGGACCCGGAAGGGGGCGGGAGUGGAGGGUCCUUGCGCAAGGUGUACAGCUGCCCCGUGUGCUCACGGACAUUUGAGUACCUGUCUUACCUGCAGCGCCACAGCAUCACCCACUCGGAGAGCAAGCCCCAUGUCUGCCGGGCAUGCGGCAAGGCCUUCAAGCGCACAUCCCACUUGGAGCGCCACAAGUACACCCACUCGGGCCGGAAGCCCCACCAGUGCCCCAUCUGCCAGCGCAGCUUCCGUGACUCGGGGGAGCUCUCGCACCACCAGCGGGUGCACACGGGGGAGCGGCCCUACCAGUGCGAGGCCUGCCACAUGCGCUUUGGGGAGCGCAACACCCUCCAGAGGCACAUCCGCCGGAAGCACCGCCUGCAGCUCCUCCCGACGCCGUAAAGGCCGGCCUUUUCGAGACUGAAGUUGUGCCACGAGAGGAUCGGCACGAGAACCUCGCUGCCCACCCAGGCCUUAGACAUCUACCACCUGGGCACAUCUAGGACCUACCCAUGCUAUGGCAUCCCUGGCCUGCAAAUGCCUCCCUGUGUCUUUACGGACCUUAUACUUCUCCAUUUGCUAGCCCAAUGACUAGCUGUUGUGUGGGGGAAAUGAGAAUGGAGAACCUCGCCCACCUAUGCCACAAACUAUCCGGCAUGCGGAUAGCCAGCUUGCAAAAUCCCAGCUUAGGUCCCUCCUGCCUUCUCAUGCCGCAAGGACUUGGUAUGGACACACUGGCCUACCUACCACCUUUUGUAGAACCUUGUCUAGGCUGUCCGUCUGUGUUCCUUGCAACCUGGCAGGGGAACUCUUUGCCUCCUGCUUUCUCUCCCCCCCCCCCGAGUUCCCACUGCCCCCGUAGGUCACUCACAUCCAGCAUGGAUUCACGGGCCGAGCUCUGCAACACAGAGCAUUGCCUGCUAGCAUCUUUCUGCCACAGUGUCGUAGGGAGAAGUUCUUGUGGCAUAUUGGGGAUACGUGGAGGGAGGAAUCCAGCAGACCCUGCCUAGAACCUGCAUUAUGGCACAGACACUGUCCCCUCUGCAUACGCCUGAAGGGUAUGCUAUCAUGCAGAAUGGUAAUGCAUGCCUGUUUAAAAAAAACCCUCAUCUGCAGACUUGGCCUUCGAAUCUACUAGGGGCUAGCCCUCUCAUGUAUGCAUUGCGACCCACAGACACAGUACAGAGACCUCAGGAAAACUAGUGCAUGCCUAUUUUAGGAAGAUGUGCUUUGCUUUCAUGCAGAAUUUGGUUCCAGAUUAAGAGCAGAUGGUGGGCAGCCAUGAAGAGAGCUCUCCUUACUCUACAAUAGCCAUGCAGGGCUUCAAAUUGAAUAUAGUGACAGGUUCAAAUCAAAUCUGGCUAAUUUUGGUUUUUUAUUUUGAGUCCCCUGCAAGUGUCUCAUACAGCUGCAUGGCUACUCGAUGUACGAUGGAGGCUGUGGCCUUGAAUCCUGACAUUCCACCUCAAGAACGCUUGGGCCCAAAUUUCUCCCCCUCCUUCCCUUACAAUAAAGAGCCUAUUGAAGGAGCAUAAGCAAGAGGCUAGAGAAGGCUGAGUGGAACAUCAGCUGAAUUCCAUGUGCAGGAAGAAAGUCACUUUUUCUUUAAGGCAGUGCCCAAAUUACAGGGGAGCCAGAGAGGGCCUGGCACCCUUUACCUGUUGCAGCAGCGCCCUUAGCUACUGCUUUUUGAAGGCUACAGGGGACCGUAAUUUGGCUAAAAUUGGAAGGAGUCUGGGGUUGGGUUUUUUUUUUGCAUUUCCUUAAGGCUCCUCCUAACCUGCCCUUCCAUCUAUAAAGCACUGCUUUAAUGAAUUCUGGCUCUGAAUUAUUAUUUUAUUUUAAAAAUGGGGAGUAUGGGUGUUGAAGGAUGGAAUAUGGGACAUUCCCCAACUUGCCAGCCUUAACAGUCUCUUAUUUCCAAACCCUCCAGAUUUUUCCAGGGAAACAGAGUUGGUGAUUCUACAUUCCUUCCAGCGGCUGCUGCUGCUGCUACUGGUAGUCCAGCCUCCAGAUCAGAUCCAUGUGUGGACCCAUCAACUCUGGUCAGGCCUUGUUUUCUUCUGCUCCCUAAUUAGAACCAUUUCAACCAGCUUCCCAAAUAGUUGCAGGCCACUGUCUAUAUACUUAUGGGGUGGGUGGGUUUCAACCCCAGGUAUGCGGCAACAGAAAAUGUUGGUCUUCAUCCCAGACUUACUGCCUGUGGGAUGUAUGUGAUAAGACUGCUGUGGUUUCCUACAAUAAUUAACAAACAUAGAAUCUCUGUUUCCUCGACAGGGAGAAACAAUCAGGAGACAUCGAUAUACAGGCAUGUGUUCCAAGGUAUCGGCUAGCCUGGUACCUCCAAAGCUUGCCAGGGAGAUUCUUGGAUCAUGUUUCCUCUGCUUCAUAUUUAGUGUGGAAUUUUUAAACUGUGUGUGUCCUCCUCCUUUUUUUUUUAAUUAAAAACGUUCCUCUGGGGUUUUGGUUCAUCUUUGUGUGCUAAACGAAUAAAGUUAUGCUGUGUUACUUCCAUCUUGUUGAGAGGAUGUAGAUCCGUUGGCAAUAAUUUAGCCCUUUGCUGUGAUUGAGAAGAGUGCCUUUGGGCUGUGUAACUUCUAGACAUUUGCAAAAGGUCUUUUCUCAAGAUGUGGAGAGUCAGUUGAUUUCCUUGAACAUAUAAAGGGGAGUGGGUGCUAUAGCUCAGGGGUAGAGCAGCUGCUCUCCAUUGCAGAUGGUCCUAGGUUCAAUCCCUGAGGUCUCCAGGUAGGACUUAGAACAGGCAUCCCCAAACUGCGGCCCUCCAGAUGUUUUGGCCUACAACUCCCAUGAGGACCAGUGGUCAGGGAUGAUGGGAAUUGUAGUCCAAAAAUCUGGAGGGCCGAAGUUUGGGGAUGCCUGACUUAGAGAAACUCCACUCUGAAACCAUGGAUUGCUGCUGCCUGGCAUUGUGGAGUGGACAAAACAGAUGGCUCAGUGGUCUGCCUCGGCUUUCUCUAAAGAGGUUUUGUUGAAGGAGGAAGUGUGGGAUGCACACUGAACGUAGCAUCCUUUUAUAAACUCUUUUUUUAAAAAAAACCAAAUAUGCGUCAAUAAUCUGCCAGCUGAGUACUCAAAAUAUGUAAAUCAAUAAAAUGUAAGUAUAUCACUUGAUUUGCAUAAGCUUUCUCAGCAACUUGCUUUAUUAUGAUCCCAACAUUUGCAUUUCCAGAGAAUUUUGAAUGCUUAUUAUUUUAGUUUUAAAAGCUGGGUAUGUUAGCCUACCAGGAUAAAGCGGUACAGGAACAUGAGCACAGAGGUCAAAUAAGGAAUAGAGUAAAUGCUCGUUUUCCCAGCUUGACCCAUACAUUGGCCACACAGUCCAGAACCUUGCUUUGGGGGAGGGGAGGUGGAAUGAAAGCAGGUGUGCUUGGAAAUGCAAAUUCUGCUUUGAAAAACUGCAUACAGAAUUGUUCAAAGCAAACUGACAUCAGUGCAGAAUAUGUUUUAGGGUGUACAUACUGGUUCGAUGACAUCCUGCUCCCCAGUCUAGAGAGAAAAGAUAAAAGUUGUUACAGCUGAGAUUCUGGUAUGAUAGUAUAUGUUAGAAAUAUAUUUCUAAACCUGCUUUUUGAUGAGGAAGUUGUAUGGGAUUGUGUGUGUGGUGGGGGAAGUGGACAGGGAGGAAAAACCUCUCAGGGCCAUCCUGAGAAUGUUAGAAGAUUCCAGAAAGGCAAACGUGCCUGGUUCAACUGUGGAAUUUGCUCCCACAGUAUGAAGUGCUAGCCACCAACCCAGACAGACAAAUUCAUGGAGGAUGAGACUACAGAUAGCUACUGAUCUCAAUGGCUGUGUUCUACUUCUGCAGUGUGCCUCUGAAUACCAGUCACAAAAGGGGAGAGGGCUGUUUCAUUCAUGCCUUGCUUGUGGUCUUCCCUUUGGCAUCUGGUUCACCACUGAAAUAACAGGAUAUGGACUAGGUGGGAGGGUCUUCUUAUGCUCUCGUGAAGAUGCAAACGCGAUUUUCAACUGCAACACGAGCACUUGGAACCACAAAAAGUGCUUUGCAGCACAGAACCCUAAUCUAAAAGAAGUGUGCAUGCACACGAAAGCUCAUACCAAAAUAAAAACUUAGUUGGUCUUUAAGUUGGUACUGAAAUAAUUUUCCAAUUCAUCCUGGUUUAUUACACCGCGGAUAAAGCAUAUUUGAACUAAGCUAAAUUACAGAACCACCCUCUGAUUCUCCCCACUUUGCAAGCGGGGCGGCUGUGUCUUUAAACCAGGGGAAGGAGGUGGGGCGGGCGAAAAGAGUGGUCAUGUAUUGCUUGUAUUUCUGACUGCAGACAAAAAGCGAGG